AGUAUGAAAAUACAGAGGAAGGGAGAGGUAUGCCGAGAGCAGUAAGAAGGGUCCGGUCCAACAGGAGGUAACGGAUCACUUGGGGAAUGGAAUGAAGAGCCCAUUUGGAAUUAUAUAACCAAACCCAAGUCCAAAUCCUUCCCAGAAACGCAGAAAUAAAAGCGGGAAGGGAAGGCGGCAGGCAAGCAAACGGUUAUGGAAUUCGAGUGUGCUUCUCUCAGUCUCUGGAAGGAAGCCCUCUCUUCCUAUUCAUCUCGCAUAGAAUCUCUCAACAAACCCGAUUUGAUUUCCCUGGACGACUUUUACCGCAACCAGCUCCCUCCUCUCCUCCGCCACCGGAACCCUAACCCCCACCUCACCACCCCCGAGCUCUCCGAUCUCAUGCGCUGGAAGCUCACACGUGGCAAGUGGCGGCCGAGGCUGUUGGAUUUCGUUUCGGCAUUGGACGAAUCGGUGGUGAAAUUGGCUUCAGAGAAGGCGUUUCGGUCGCUUCCUGAUCUCUCAAAGGCGGUCUCUGAGCUCACUGUGCUGAAAGGAGUGGGACCGGCCACGGCCUCGGCUGUUCUGGCUGCUUAUGCGCCGGAUGUGGCGCCUUUCAUGUCCGACGAGGCUAUGGAGGCAGCUCUUGGUAAUAGCAAGGACUAUUCACUUAAGCAGUAUCUGUUGUUUGCAGAUAAGUUGCAGAAAAAAGCAAAGGAAUUGAGUGCAGAAGGGGAAACCUUCACACCAUCAGAUGUAGAAAGGGCUCUAUGGAGUUGUGCUGUGGGGGCCAAAUUGCAAUCUUCACAGUCAGAUCCAGACCCCAAAGUCACUGAUAAAACUAAAAACCCCAAGAGAAAGAGAAAGCGCUGAUUUGCUCCAAGAGCUUAACUGGCAAUGCUUGAGAGUUAUAACUUUGAAGAGAUCCCAAAUGAACUGUAUUAGUCCAAGACAGUGAUGUACGUGUUGUAAUAUAUCUGUCUCUUCUUCUACUUUGUAUUCUCGGAAGUAUGAAACUUGUUGCAACCCCUACAAUUUACUUGGUCAAAUGGUUCAGGCGAUCAGUUGUGGCUCAGUUGUAGAAACUCAAUUCCUAAAUCUGAGUAAUGGUGCAUCUUCAUUGUUCAACUUA